UAAUUGAAGCAAUCAGGACAAUUGACGUCGGCAUUACAGAAAAACGCUUCGUUGGGAUCUAUACUCAGCUUCAAGGUAAAGUAGUAAUUUCUUACUACAUUGACUGGCGUUGGGAUACCGGACAUGGCGAAUGUAACUAAGAGAGCAUUCGGCACACUUUCGGCGUUAAUUCUUGUAUUAGCUGAAGUCCUAGGUGAAGGGAAGGACCCCUCGGGUAGCAGUGUCGUAGACGCUUUUAAGAUCUUUCGGACUUUUCCGCACGGCACAACCAUAUUUGAUAUAGAUGGUGAUGGGGACCUUGAUUGUGUUACCGCUGUUCGUACCGAAUUCAACGAAGAUCCCCUGGAAACAACUUAUGUUCUACUCUUCAAAGGCCUCGGUGGGAGAGAACCACGUAACAUAUCAUUUCACAUCAAGCCUGGUCGAACGCCUGACAGAACGCAGUUUACCGUUGAUGAUGAUUACCAUUUUGUUCAACAUGCCCGUUUUCAAUACACAAACUAUGAGAACUGCGCCGUCAUGGAGCAACCCUUUAGAGGUGUGCGGGAGUGUGUAUUGUGGACUACGCAAGACACUUUUCAUGAAAUGCCCGAAGAUUGCAUGCUAGAGUACGGGAAGAGCUGUAAGGAUGCAGUGAAGCCUUAUGACGAAGAAAUCUGUGCUGAAUUUGUUCCAUAGGACAUCCUUUGUUGUGCAUUUGUCAUCAGCUCUGACAAGUUGUCAAUAAAUUCAAUAAAUGAAGGCCAGCCAGAAUGUA